AUGGCCCAAUGCGGGGAUCCUGUGACACUCGCCCCUCCACAGGUUCCUGAAGCUGACGCCAUCUACGUAAUCGAGGUUGACAAACUGCUCCUCGGCCCCGUUGACCACGGCGCACAGCACGUCGCUGGCCCCGACGAUGCCGACCUGGUCCGACAGCUCCCCGGCAAAGGCGUUCUCCGCCAUGGCGCGCCUCGCCCGCCCGUCGGUCCGUCGCACCCCGUCGGCCAUCCACUGCUCCCGCGGCGGCCCGUGGCCCGCGACCGUCAGCGACUCCACCAGAUCGUCCGUCAGCUCCUCGGCCGCCAGCGCAAAGAACGAAAUCUCGCCAACCGCCGCCCGCCCGCCCCGUCCAACAUCGCCCUUGCGGCUCUCCCGUGCCGACGCGCACUCCCCCGCGCCGAGGGUAAACCCUGCUUUCAGCUGCGCCGCAUUUCCGAGCGGCGGCGUGCCCACCAGCAUGAUCCCGGCGAGGGAGAUGGCGCGGGAUGCCGGCGGCGGCGGUGGUGGUGGUGGUGGUGGGCUGACGAUGGUCGUGCCGGGCAGCGGACCCGCGCCCAGCGCGGCGGCGCGGUCGGCCAGGCUGGACGGCGCCAGCAGCGGGAUCAGCUCGAUGGCGACGUGGCCGCCCAGGCUCCAGCCGAGCACGGCGACGCGGCCGCGCACGCCCAGGGCGGCCAGCGCGUGUGCGGCCACGACGGCGUAGCCCGGUUGCGUGUAGACGCGGUCCGCCUCAGCGUCGGUGGCUGCGUUGCCAGAUCGCCCGUGGCCUGGGUAGUCGAGGGCGAUGACGCGGCAUACGCCGGCCGGUGGGUCGCGGGAGAGGAUGUGGGAAAAUGCCAGGGAGCUGGAUGA